AUGACAAUCCAAACUACAACAACAGAACCCAUACAACUCGCACAAAUCCUUUCUGAUCUAAACUCCCUACGCGCAUGUGACCCAUCCGCCGCCCUCGCCCUCGUAUCUGCACGCCCCAACACCAACACCAACACCACCGCACCCACGCCCGCAUCUACACAAGAAGACACAGAGCUGGAACGAGCAAAGGAUCUGUUGAAGUUGCAUUAUGAGGUCAAGGAAGCGCAUAUGAGGGGGGAGUUGGGGAGGGGGUUGCAGGAGGCGAGGGAGGCUGUUAGGAGGAGUAUGGGGGGUUGA